AUGAGGAUCGAGCCGACGGAGUUCGAUCUCGUCGUGCUGGGCACGGGGCUGGAGAACUCCCUCAUCGCCGGGGCAGCCGCCAAGGCAGGCAAAAGUGUGCUGCAUGUUGAUGAUGGGGAGGUGUAUGGUGAUGACUGGGGGUCGCUGACACUGGCGGAGCUCAAAGCACGGUUGGAGGCACCACCACAGUCUCAGGAGGCGAUCGAUCUUGGAGAAGAGGUGGAGGGCCUAGGGGUGAGGCGCCUUGCACGGGACAGCCACCCUUAUUCCAACGUCGAAAUUCAUGAGGCUGAUGGGGUGGACACAGGCCCAUCUAGGGACUAUACGAUCGACCUUGCGCCAAAGGUGGCCUAUUGCAUUGAGCCGCUGAUCGAGGUGCUUUUGAAGUCUGGUGCUCAUCAAUACCUAGAUUUCCGACUAGUGGAAUGCAGCUACAUCUGGCAGCAUGGACAGCUGAGGAAGGUGCCAGCAUCUAGGUCGGAUGUAUUUCGGGAUCGUUCUUUGAAGAGCUCAGAAAAGCGGAUGCUCACACAGUUUCUAAAAAUGGUCGUUUCAAAACUGGGAGACGAGCAGGAAGAGAUUGCCAGCGAUCGUCCCUUUGUGGGCUGGCUGGAGGAGCAAGGUCUGUCCAAGCCCCUGGCAGAGCUGGUACUGUAUGCAGUAGCAAUGGGGGAACAGACGGGGACCAUGACAACAACGCAGGGUGUGGCUGCACUGGGACUGUACCUUGCGUCGAUGGGAAGGUACAGGGAUGGAUCAGGUGCUUUUAUGAUUCCCUAUUACGGGUCUGGGGACCUCCCACAGGCGUUUUGCCGACUUUGUGCUGUGAAGGGUGGCAUUUAUGUGCUGCGAUGUCCUUUGGCUGCCUGCCUUACAGAGCCUGGAUCCCAGGAAUGCAGGGGGGUCAUCACUCAAGAGGGGCAACACAUCAGUUGCCACGGACUGGUUGCAUCACAGCAGUGGUUAAGGUCCUUUCUGGCAGAUGCUGAGAAUGGGGCCUCUCAGCAGCAAUGCAGACUGUCUCGUGCCGUUUGCGUGACUGAUGGAUCUCUACGCGAGGGUGAGAGCCAAGUGCUGGUCGUAUUUCCCCCAGGGAGCGUGGGUGGAAAGAAUGAUCGAGUCAUCCACGCAAUUCAAGUGGGACACCCAGUGUGCCCCAAGGGCAGGUUCCUGUUGUACCUGUGCUGCCACAGCACAGCGGAAACCGCCAAGCAGGACCUGGCGGAUGCGGUCGCCUGCCUGCUUCGUGAGGUGCCCGACGGCCAAAACACACCCAGCGAAUCGUGCUCAACCAUCAAAGACACAGCUCCUCAGAUGGAACAAUCGAGAAAUGCACGCAAUUGUAUUGAUGCAAAAGAACACGAACCCGUAGAAGGCACCACUCCCGAGGCGACAGCAGAGGGAGAGCGCUUAGAGGCAGGAUGUGCUCCAGAAGGCGCAGACGUCCUCGUGGACGUCCGCCCGAAGGCGUCUUUCGUCUGCUACUACAACGAAACGGUGGAGCUGCAUCCUCCAUGCGCCGCCUUGCCAAGCAACGUGGCCAGCUGCUCAGGGCCUGGCGGGCUGAUCGGCUACAGGGAGCACGUUGCGUCUGCCGAGGCCGGGUUUGGGAAACUAUUCCCGGAUGAGGAAUUCUACCCCGUUGUAAUGCCGACGACGUUGCAAGACUCGGACGACGAGGCCCUAGGGGACCUGGAGGCUACCCUGACGACGAUAGGUGCGGCUGGAGACUAA